UCUGCCAUGGCAGCAAUAUUACUGCUGAGGCACAUUAAAAAAGUUUAGAACUUACUUUUUUAAUGAAAGUCUAGGCAAAGACAUGAAGUUGAAGAAUCAUCUAAAAAAGGUUUAUCAGUGAGAAUGUCCUGCUGUGUUAUCCUAAAUCAGGCACACUGGGAGGAACUACAGAGAUGGUAUCUUUAAAUGUAGAAACUCGGUCACAGUUUUUUAAACCACUAAUGCAUAAUGGCGUCGCAGUGAAGCAGAUAGGUUCACUUCCCUUUAUUUUACCCAUCAACCAGCUCUACACUGCCCAUCCCCUGCUGAAGAGGAUGGGUGUGGCUGCAGAGUCACAUUACACUCAAAUUACAGACCUGCUCAACAGGCCCCUCACCCACUCCCUCUGCACCUUCAUUGGUUGGUUGAGACCAAACCGCUCAACUCAACCAGCCUGUUUCCUGCAGGCAAAUACUUUGUCAAAGAGGAAAUGACAUCACAGGACCAGGACUUACCACAAAAACACUGAAAACAGAUGAGGACCAAACGACUAUCAGAUGUCCUGUGACUCCGAGGAGCACACAGUUCAGCCUCUGUUACAAAAUACCUGUGAGGAGAAACAAUCCGGCCAUAAAACGACAGCUUUUGGAGCGACACUGUGAAGUAUGUCUGCUGAACACACAGAGACCCGGGGAGACACUACAUGUCAGAGUGGAGCUGGUGUUUUUUUCUCCAACCCUUGGAUGAGUGACUUUGAAUCAGACUGGUCCCCGAUUCAUGAUGCUGCCUUUAAUGGACGUGUCCUCGCUCUGCAGAGACUCAUUGCUCAGGGUACAUGUGUGAACCUGAACACUCUGGACCAGGUUUCUCCCCUUCAUGGAGCUUGUUUACAAGGCCACGAGUCCUGCGCCAAGCUUCUGGUGGAUAAUGGGGCAAAUGUUAACAGUUCAACAGUGGAUGGACAAACUCCCCUGUCUGAAGCUUGUGCCCGAGGCCAUGUGACCUGCGUAUCGCUGCUCCUUCAACACGGAGCGACUCCCGUGGGGACCAGCCAGACCAGCUCUCCGAUCCACCGGGCUGCAGCCAAAGGUCAUCCAGAGUGCAUCAAGUUGCUUGUUCAGCACGGAGCUGAUGUGGAUCAGUGUAUCGACCAAUCAGGGUUCCCUCUGCAUACCGCCUGCUCCAAUCAGCACCUGGGUACUGUGAGGAAACUGCUUCAACUUGGUGCCAGUGUGAACAGCUGUGCAUCUGGUGACUCGCCGCUGCACAUCGCUGCCCGUCUGUCCAGCCCUGAGAUGGUGUCGGUCCUGCUUGACCACGGGGCCGAUCGAUCCCUCAGGAACUCGGAGGGCAAACAGCCACUGGACCUUGCGCCUCCCAACAGCCUGGUGGAGAGGCUGUUGAGACAAGCAGGAACAUCUCCCUUAAUGCAGCUGUGCCGGCUGAACAUCAGGAAAACUGUGGGCAAGCAGAGAUUGGGUGGGAUUCACGACCUUCACCUUCCCACAGAAGUGAAACAGUAUCUCCUCUACCAAUCAGACCCAGAGGCAGUCUCAUCUAAUGCACAGAGGAGCUCAGACUCUGAGCAUUUCACUUCUAGGUCAGUAGGGGGUGCAGUUGCAUAAUCUUCCAUGGCUCAUGGUUGUGGUAGUCAUUAACUCAAGACCUCUGUAAACAAACUCUCAAAUUCUCAUGAUCAGUCCGGACUUUAUGUGAACGCUUACAGCGAGUUUUAAUCAUUAAGUAUUCAUAAACCAAAUACAUACAUAUUUAAAAUGAGAAUAUGCUAAUAAAUGCUGCAUAAUUAAUGUAAAAUAAGGUACUGAAACAAUAUUUGUUAGAUUGCACAAGCCUCUGCAUUCAGCCGAUGUAGUUUUGUUAUUUAAAAUUGAAUCUAUGUCUAAGAUACUGCUGUAUUGAUUUUUCUCCCCCUUCAGACCUACACUAGAUAAACUCUCAUGUGAAAUCUUGUUCAUGUCCGCUAUAAUUCAUCCCUAGAAUGUUCCUGGAAACGGCUCAGCAUGUUUGGCUCUUGCAGGGUAUGUAGUAAUUUUUUUUCUGAGGGCAAAAAAAACAACAACAACCUGUUUGUAGAUCAGCUGAAAACACACAGUAGAUAAGUCACCUCCACCUAAUAAAAAGUCACCUUAAAAGUGUCCUUGAAUUUGAACACAUCAACAGAGAGACUGGAAUGAUAUUAUUGAUAUUUACCAACAAGCAUGGUCAUCAUGGAUAUGGACGAUGACCUUGGUACUUAAAAAUGAAUUAUUGAUAUCAUGGUAAUAAUACACAUAUGAUAAUACUGUAUAAAUAAUUCAGCACCUCUUGAAUCAUAUCCGUUUCAUUCAGUUCUCGCUUUUUCUCACCCCUGGGUUGCCUUUUUUACUAUCCACCAGGUGUAAUUGCUCCUUCUGUAUCAUUUUGUACACCUCCCUUAAAUUAUUUUUGACUAAUUUAUUAAGAUAUAUAUAGAAAAAGAGACAAAAUUCACAGUAAAAACAGUUAAAGAUUAAUUUGACUGAAAGCAUUAUUAUUAUUUUAUAAAAACAUUGUAAUAAUAACAUUAUCGUGAAUUCUUUUGGCAUGAAUCCUUUGUCAUGCUCUUUGGAUAAGUCAAGGUAACAAGUAACUAUGACUCAGCAUCCAACGCACACAAACCACUUGAGGUUUGAGUCACUAAAAACGCUUUAUCCUUCUCUCCCCUCAUCAAGAAUAAAUGUUCCACUGUAGUGUUUCUGGAUUCCUCUAUGAUGCCUCUGAUAAAAAGCACCAAUGACACAUUAUCAAAUACUGAUUCACAUAGUGAGUGUGGCUAUUUAAGACAUGCGCUGUAUUAUUUUCUUACAGAUUAUGUUUAAAAACUGACAUUAUAUGUAUCAGCAUAUGCACUGUGUGUGAAGAACUGCGUAUUUUCACUCAGUGUAAACACAAAGAAUCGACUGUUAUGGGGUUGUGGUUGGGACACAGGAUGUGUUGAGAUAUUAUGCAAACAAGUUUCCCCAGAGUCUUAAGAGUACAUCUGAAAAACAAGACGGGCACAGCACAAGGAUAAAGCAUGAAAGUGAACAGGGAGUGCACAGAGUAGUAUUCAUUGUAUAAAUGAGUACAUUAUAACCCAGUUACAUGUUUUUCCUUAACGCUCAGUUGAGUUGAGGACAGUCCUACAUCAACAAAAUAACAUCUGCAAAGCUCCAUUUCUCAGAUGGACUUAAGGAAGAGCAUUUAAAUGAAGAAUCAGGCAUUUACCCUAAAACUUCAAUUAGUAGCCCGGGCUUUUAUUUGCUUAAAUCACUAACAAAUAAAUUGUUUAUUUGAACCAGUACGAAUAUAACUUGUAUAGGAAUUAGACUUCGACUUCUUAUCAGAUUACAACACCCAGUAUACCUAUACAACACCACAUCUUUUGAUCGGUGGACCCUUACGGACUAAAGAAACAUAAAUAACCUUUCGUGUAAUUGAGGAAGGGAGUUACCACUUGUUUUGUCGUCAUGCCGGAAAAUCUAAAUGACUUACGGCCUUCUCUGGUGCUCGUGGUUUCAGUAAAAUGAACUCCCCAAUGGCAGUGGCCCCUGAGCAGGCCAAUGCACCAUGCCACACUGCAAACAUCCCUCAGGAACGGUCCAAGAAAUGUGACAAAGACCUCAAAGUGUCAACCUGGCCUCCAAAUUCCCCAGAUCCCAAUUGAAAUGAGCAUCUGUGGCACGUGCCAUUAACCCACCUCACAACCCACUUGGACUAAAUGGAUGUGCCGUCAACACACUCCUAGAGAUCCUGUGUCCGAUCCAAGCAGGCCCCACCUUGAAUUAGGGGUACAUCUGGGGUACCGGCACAUCUCAAGAAUCCUUGAGCUGAUGGGGACCUCGGAAAUUUAGAAGCAAGGUCGACACCUUGAGCUUUUUGUCACGCUCCACAGGCCAUUUCUGAACAGUUUUUGUAGUGUGGCAUGCUGCUUUUUUCUGCUGCCAUUGGGGAGGACUGUUGCCAUGAGGGGGGUACUUGGUCUGCAACAGUGUUUGAGUGGUUGGAACAUGUCAGGUGGUAUCCACAUGAACGCCAGAACCAAAGGUAGUAUUUGUCUGAAUGUGUAGAUACACCAGGCUGGUAAAAGGGACUGGGCAUUUAAUUAUAACUAGGCUUUUCACUGAAGUACUGAUUUCAUGGUAAUCAUUUGUUUAUCCGCCACCUGAAGCAAGAACAUGUAAUGCAAAGUAGGUCUGUCUUUUUUUUCCUGAUUCCCUCAACAGUUUUGUCCACACAAGUCAAAUAAAUAUAUAUCGAGUGUGAUGCGAGGCAUCAUUGGUGAUGUUUCCAAAGCGCCUAGCAGCCUGUCAGCUGUCACCAUCCUUACCCAAAACUCUUCAAGGGCUCGCUGACCCCACGACCCGUGUGUUUGUCUGUGCAUAUAGCCAAUCAUCGGGGCUGACAGAGCCCAUAAGGCAGAAAACAGGUUUAGCAUAAAUGGAGAAAAGCCAAAAAGAUAGUGGAAAGAAACCUUUUCAGUAUGGUUUACUUAGUAUGAAUCAUAACCUUUUUACCACACAGUUAUGGGAGCUGAGUAAUGUUCACCACCACUGUAAUAAAAGCCUUGAUUUCAACAGGUCAUUUACAGAGAUGAUGGAAAGUGAAGCGUGCCGUACUGUAGUUUCCCAACAUCUUCUCCAUGGUGACAAAAGUAACAGAUGCUCAACACCCACACCCUCCUCGUUAAAUGCAGCACUCAUCGACUUUCCACCAACUCCUCUGUCCCAAUUUACCACUUGAACUUAAUCAUCGCUCUCCUCAAACAUCCCAUGAGCGCCCGGGGGCCAGCCGCACAUUGAACCGGGUUUCGAUUUAACUGGAGUUUAAUGUUAAAUCAAUACCGUGGAGGAGCUUGUGACUCCUGAAAGCUGCCAGGGAAGACGUACAGUGCCCCUCCGUAAGUAAUUACUGACAAACAGGCAAUCAGGUGAGACAAGCCUGUCUGGGAAUCAGUGUCACAUGACCGCUCAAAUAAUUUCCCACUCCAGCCAUUAUGGCAUCACUGAUGGUUGUGUUGUGUUCGGCCGGGCGCAGCGCGGUGUAUCUGAUCGACUUCCUGGGUUCAGUCAGGUGCUGCGUGGCACUCAGAUGCACUUAAAAUCAGCCCACCUAUGUGUGAUACCAAAGCUUUUACUUUUAGUCUCAAGAGGCAAACACUCCAUUAACCCCCAUCCUUUUUUUUAUGCAUAUGCACUCACUACCCAAAUAGCGCAAAAUGCAUUUUUUAGUAAGACUUUAAGUGAAACACAUAAUGCAAGUUUUACAUCCAGCACACAUGCUCGCUUAAAACCAAUUCCUUCAACAAACAACUAUUAAUGGAGCGGCUUUAUAAGAACCAUAUGAGGGGCUGCCACUAAAAUAGAAUGAUUUACAGAACAAGCAAAGCAAUGCAAUCUUCAGGGGAAUAAACAUUUCGCGGCGCCCGAAAGCGCCCAGUGUUUAUAAUCAACGCAGGAUUAGUUUACCCGUUAUUGCAUGAGUCAUUCUAAUCAUCCCUCGCAUGCGAGCAGCCACCACCUACUGCGAACAAGCUGCAAAUGUUGACGCCAGACAACCCUUGUGCGCACAUAUCUAAUAACCCAAUUGUGAUCAUUCCUAGUGUGGCAGCUUGCGUCCUGAUUGCUCCGAGCUGGAUCUUGUUAUAGAUAUCAGCGCUUCCCACUAAGCUACAAGUGGGUUGUGCCAUGUCCUUGUACUCACCAGUAAUUGCUUUGGUAUUUUUAGUUUGCUAGUGUCGGGGUAAUUAAAACAAAUAGAGGAGAUAGUAGAGACAGAGAUCUCUUGUGGCUCCUUGGUCUGAGUGUGGAGAGGUUUAGUAAGGUCAUACAUGGCAAUGUUUUCAAUUAGACACCUCUGUACUAAUGAGGGUUUAUUAGAGAGCGUGGA